UUUCUCCCUCUUACUGAUGUAUCCUUAACUUUUGUGAUGCUCACCAACUUCCUAUCUCUCUCUGCUUUGGCUUCACUCUUUGCCUGUAUCUGUCUCUGUAGUCUUCCUACACCGGAACACUGAGACAACAUUACCAAGUGCUACUUGAGUAGAUUGCAAAUCUGGUUUUAGAUCACAAAAUGGAGUACAAACAGACUAACGAUGAAAAGCCCACGUCUUCCAAAGAUGGCUUGCAUAUAUCAAAUCGUCAUUUAGUAUCACAGAAAGAAGAUAUUUUAUAUCAUUUUGACCUUGGGACCAGCACUCAUGAUUUUGUUGCUAUGUUUGGAGAUAUCAAAUUUGUAUGUGUAGGAGGCAGUCGCUGGCGAAUGAAAGCUUUCAGUCAGCACAUGGCUGAAAUGUUGGGCCUGGGAAAUGCAACGGAUGACAUUCCCAACAUUUGUGAAGGAACUGAUCGUUACAAUAUGUAUAAAGUGGGGCCUGUCCUAGCAGUCAGUCACGGGAUGGGGAUCCCAUCAAUCUCAAUCAUGUUACAUGAACUCAUCAAGCUGCUGUAUCAUGCCAAGUGCUUUGAUGUCACUGCCAUUCGCAUUGGAACCUCAGGUGGAAUAGGGGUGGAGCCAGGUUCAGUUGUGAUCACCAGGACCUCAUUAGAUGCUUCCUUCAAGCCAUACUUUGAGAUGAAUGUAUUGGGGAAAACUAUGAUUCACAGCACACAACUGCACACAUGUCUGGGUCAAGAGCUGCUGAAAUGCAGCAAAGAAAUCAAUGAAUUCCCCACUCUGAUCGCUGACACAAUGUGCACAUCAGAUUUUUAUGAAGGCCAGGCUCGCCUGGAUGGUGCUUUCUGCACUUACACAGAGGAGGAGAAGAUGGAAUACUUACAGUCUGCCCACGCAGCAGGUGUUCGCAACAUUGAGAUGGAGUCCUCUGUUUUUGCAGCCAUGUGCAUUCGAAGUGGUAUGAAAGGUGCAGUGGUGUGUGUGUGCCUCCUGGACAGACUGAAGGGAGAUCAGAUCACCAGCUCCCACCAAGUGCUGAACGACUAUCAGAUAAGACCUCAGAAGUUAGUCACUUGUUUCAUAAAGAAACAGCUAAAAAAAGCUCUAGAGCCUCAGAAUUUAUCCAACCGGGUUUAAAGGUCCAGCGAUUUUCUUUACUUUUAAAUCUUUCAAGUACAGGUAUUUAACAUUUGCACUUGGACAAAAUGUCAUGCUGAAAUAAAUAAGUAGCUUCAAAGGUUGCAGAUUUGAUUGUCUGUAAGCUUGCUGGCUUGAUAACUGGGGAACAUUUUUAUUUAUAAAGUUAUUAUAAGGAAAGAUAGUUUACACUUAAGUAGAUUAGGACCUAAGUUACUUUUGUCAAACAUGAAGCCAUCGAUUGGGCUUAAUUUAAACUAGAUUUGAAUGGGGAGGACAGGCAUAAGGUUCAGGUUUGUUGGUGCUCAGGAGAUGGGGAAGGCUGAUGUUUUUAGGAAAUGGGAACAAACCAAACAAGAGGGGAUCUAUCUAAAUCAAUACAAAUCCAAAUUUACAUUGUAUAGCGCUGCAAAUAGCAGGAACCAAGAAUAGCAGAAACAUCUCAGAUAGCAACAACAACAACUUGCAUGUAUAUAGCAGCCCUCGUGCAGGGUAACGUUCCAUAGAAGGACUAGGCAACCAGACAGAACGGUUAAGGUGCAAAGAAUACAAUUGUAUAAAUACUUGAAGCCUUUGGAUAGUGAAACUAGAGGCACUGGUGGCAGAUGGGGUUUAUAAUCCGGUAGGAAUCCCAUGGUUAAAUCUGGAUGAGGGAAGUGAAUAGAAUUAACAUGGGAGCAGGGUUUCAGGAAAGAUAGCAGGAAUAGCGAGCUGGAGGAGUUUCCAUAUCUGUAAGGGAUACCAGGGAUUUAAUGAAGAUGAGCUAGCAUUUGCAUUAUGCUGUAUCCUAUUCUCUGACAAGCACUUUAUUGACUGAUCUUUCAACAAAUCUAUUUAAUCAAAAAAUCAAUCAAAUGCAUAUACAUAUUUACUUACCUGUGUAUUUAAUAUACUGUUUCUCCUUUUUUGUAUUCUGUGUUUUUAACUUGUGAAGUACUUGCACUUCCAAAUGCCUGUUGUUCGUUCCUCUUUGUUACCAGGUUCAGCAAUGUAGUUGAUAUGGCUGAUGGUAUGUGGAUGCAUUGUUGUGAAACAGAUAUAUUUCACUCAUGUACAAACGAAUACAGUGUGAAGCCUAUUGAGGUAGAUUGCACAAUUAAAAUGAUUUUAAUGCAGUUUAUAGACACAAGAUACAAGUCAGGGCUUUUCUGGGUGAUAUUCUGCUUGACAUCUGUUUCAAUAAAAUUUGCUUUAUCUUUA